AUGUCGUCGUCUAUCUCUUGCAACGCCACUGACCUGAUUCCUUUACUAUCAGGCGGAGGCAACGCCACCGCCGUAGAAGCCGCCGCCUCAUUCAUCUGCGGGAGAUUCGACUUAAUCUCCGGGAAAUUCACCGACGCGGCUUACGCCAUCGACAACACCUACCUCCUCUUCUCCGCUUACCUCGUCUUCGCUAUGCAGCUCGGAUUCGCCAUGCUCUGCGCCGGAUCCGUCCGCGCUAAAAACACCAUGAACAUAAUGCUCACCAACGUCAUCGACGCCGCCGCCGGAGGUCUCUUCUAUUACCUCUUCGGCUUCGCCUUCGCCUACGGAGCUCCUUCCAAUGGAUUCAUUGGAAAACAUUUCUUCGGAAUGAAUGAUUUCCCUGCUCCCACCUUCGACUAUCCUUUCUUCCUCUAUCAAUGGACUUUCGCCAUCGCCGCCGCCGGAAUCACCAGCGGAUCCAUCGCCGAGAGGACUCAAUUCGUCGCUUACCUAAUCUAUUCCUCCUUCCUCACGGGACUCGUUUACCCAAUCGUAUCCCAUUGGUUCUGGUCCUCCGAUGGUUGGGCUUCUCCAGCUAGAUCUGAGAACCUUCUGUUCCAAUCAGGUGUCAUCGAUUUCGCCGGAUCCGGCGUCGUUCACAUGGUUGGAGGCAUCGCCGGACUCUGGGGAGCGUUAAUCGAAGGGCCACGAAUCGGUCGAUUCGAACACAGAGGCAAACCGGCUCAAUUGCGUGGUCACAGCGCAACGUUGGUCGUCCUCGGAACGUUUCUCCUCUGGUUCGGAUGGUACGGAUUCAACCCCGGUUCGUUCGCAACCAUCUACAAAUCUUACGGAGAAACUCCGGGAAGCUCCUUCUACGGCCAAUGGAGCGCCGUCGGAAGAACCGCCGUUACAACCACAUUAGCUGGUUGCUCGGCUGCGUUGACGACUCUGUUCGGGAAAAGACUCAUCGAUGGGUAUUGGAACGUGACCGACGUCUGCAACGGUUUGCUCGGAGGGUUCGCGGCGAUAACCAGCGGUUGCUCGGUUGUUGAGCCGUGGGCGGCGGUUAUCUGCGGGUUUGUAGCUGCGUGGGUGCUGAUGGGAUUCAACAAACUAGCUGAUAAGCUCAAAUUCGACGAUCCGUUAGAAGCGGCUCAGCUUCACGGUGGUUGCGGUGCAUGGGGGAUUAUUUUCACCGGAUUAUUCGCUGAUAAAACUUAUGUUUCCGAGAUCUACGGUGGCGAACCGGACAGACCGUUCGGGCUGUUCAUGGGAGGAGGAGGUAGGUUGCUUGCGGCGCACGUCGUGCAGAUUGUGGUGAUUUCUGCUUGGGUUAGUGUGACGAUGGGGACUCUGUUUUUCGGUCUGCAUAAGAUGAAUCUGUUGAGGAUACCGUCGGAGGAUGAGGUCGCCGGGAUGGAUCCGACGAGUCAUGGUGGGUUGGCUUACAUGUACACAGAAGAUGAGAUCAAGAAUGGGAUUAUGGUUAGGAACAACGAUGGUGAAAGUGAUAUAGGACGUGGCGUUUGA